UAGCCCGUGCGGACAUUGCGUUUGCGACGCGAACUUGACGCGGCCAGAUGUGAGUCGUGUGUCGAACAGUGUGCACGUGUUUUUAGUGACUCUGUGUCCAACGAACCGCGCGCGAUCCUGUCAAACAACCGGUGAAUUCGCGCCAUCGAGAUUUUUACCCAGUUCGCAGCAGUUGAAAUGUUGCCGACACCAAAACUUUAAUUCCUUAUGUCAAGAACGUACACGACGUUUUUAACCCAAACGUGCUAUAACUUGGAAAGUGUGUUUUUCAAAGGUGCGCAAUCGAGGACUAGCCGGUCCUUGAUGAACCCGACAACCCACAACCCUUGCGCUCGUACACUUUGUAUUUCGAAGAAGCCUUGUCGCUACUCCGCUAGAGAUCCUAGAUUAAGACAUUGGUCGAGAGAACUAAUCGUAUCCUCAACGUAGACGGAUACUCCCUUUUGGAUUUUAAAAAUCCAACAUCGGUUUUCGCUGACGUCCCACAGAGGGCGCAAAAAGAGACACCGGUAGUACAUUAGGUACUUAGGCUCCUACUUAAGAGGGGCUCCACGAGCGACUAAUGGAAUCGCAAAGAGUCUACGCUAAUGGAAUCGCCGGUAAAGAUAAACCGUUCAAUGAUGAACACAAAGUACCGUCUGAAGAGGAGAAGACUACGUCACCUCUCCUCAUUAGGUCCGAUGACGCUAAGCUAACGAACUCCAUUGACGACGGAAGGCACGAAGUGAAUGAGUUGAAAGCGUCUAAGAAUGAUUUGAAUACAGUGAAUUCUAUAAAGACGGACGGAGACGAUGAGAAGAAAUCCAAUCACCUUUCUGUAAGUUAUAGCAAAGAUCAGAAUAAUGACGACGACGCGAAAUCAACCAAUGAAGGCGUCAAGUUCUUGGGUUUGGGUGACACUGACAGCAUUUGUUCUAGCAAGGCGUCUGUAGAGCAGCCGCCCGAGAUCCCUGAUGGCGGCUGGGGCUGGGUCGUAGUGGCGGCCUCCUUCCUCAUCGCCACUGUGGCUGACGGUCUCGCCUUCUCCUACGGCCUCAUCCACAACGAGUUCGUGGGAUUCUUCAAAAAGAGCGAAGCUAAAACUUCACUCAUUGGAAGCCUGUUUAUUUCUGUUCCACUGAUUGCGGGCCCCAUAAUGAGUGCCCUAGUGGACAGGUACGGAUGUCGGAGUAUGACAAUUGUGGGUGGCGUCACUGCAACCAUUGGAUUUGUGGCCGCCGCGUUCUGUAAUUCAGUGGAGACGCUAUAUGUCACGUACGGUAUAAUCGCCGGCUUGGGCAUGGGGUUACUUUACGUCACGGCCGUUGUUUCUAUAGCCUACUGGUUCGAGAAACGUCGAAAUUUAGCAGUAGGUUUGGGAUCUUGCGGGGUUGGAUUCGGAACUUUUAUCUACUCCCCCUUAACUACGUACUUAUUGGAAGCAUUCGGGUGGAGGGGAGCGCUGCUUCUGCUCGCUGGCACAGUACUUAACGUCUGCGUGUGUGGCGCCGUUAUGAGAGAUCCUGAAUGGUUGAUCUUGGAACAAAAAAAAACCAGACAGUUAAGUAAAGCGAAACGAGCUUCUAGUUUUAUGUCCGUGUCGGCGAAAUCGGGAGGCGGCGAGUCUGUCUACCCGGGAGUGGAGGAAUUGAAGACAUUGUUGAAAAGCGGAGAGACACCGGAGUAUAUUUUAACAACCUUAGUAGCAUCUAUCGCUCAAUCGGAAUCUUUGGAAGCUGCUACAAAAAUGAACGCGGAUCUAUCCCAACAAAACAAAGUCAGUUCUGUUAUAAAUCUUCCUACGUUCUUACGUCAAAGUGAAAAGGUGCCAGCUGAAGUUCUAGAUCAGUUGGUAGCGAACAAACGCUUAUAUAACAUUAUUUUAACGAACUAUCCUUCGAUGCUUGCUUUGCGAAGCAACUCUGAGCAGAAGCUGGCUAUUGAACCGAUGCCGGAAGUGUCGAAGGCUAAGCCGGUGAUGAUGUCAAUGAAACUGAAGCUUAACAAGAAGAAGGAGAAGAAAGCGUUCGAGGCAAAACUUGACCAGGUUCGGGAUCAAUUGCUGCAGCCGAUUCCCGAGAACAAGCCGGCCAUUAUCGCGCCGAGGAAUGACCGUCAAGACUGGUUCACGAGGCAGUUCCAUACAGACCACCACUACCUGCGUGACAUCAGGGUGCACAGGAAUUCGAUCAUGCAUCGCGGCGCCAUGAUGAACAUCGCCAAAUAUAAGCUGCGCGCCUCUUCUUGCCCAGAUAUAUAUAGGAACUCGAUGUGGUCUGUAGAAGAUCAGGAAGAAAAGUCAAGAAUACAACGUUUCCUCACCAUGCUCAACAAGACAUUUGAUUUUAAUAUGUUCACUGAGUUCCAUUUCCUGAUGAUGAAUAUAUCAACUCUGGUGCUAUUCAUCUGGUUCAUUGUACCGUACUUCUAUAUCGCUAACUUUAUGACUAUGAAUGGAUUUUCCGAAACACAAGGCUCCCUUAUGCUGAGUAUAUUUGGUGUUGCCACUAUUAUUGGUAUUGUCGGUCUCGGAUGGAUGGGAGAUUUGCCUUGGGUUAAUGUGACGAAGACAUACGCCUUAUGUCUCAUUGUUUGUGGAUUCACAAUACUGCUGUUUCCAAUUUUAAUUCGCGUUACUGACGCCAAUGAAACUUAUAGCUUCUACAUCCUGGCGCUGAACGCGGUUAUAUUUGGCUUGACUUUCUCCAGCUCUUAUUCGUACACUCCCAGCAUCCUUGUUGAAUUGAUCGCUCUCGAGAGAUUCACGAUGGCGUAUGGAUUGGUGCUGUUGUGUCAAGGAUUGGGACAUCUCAUUGGCCCACCUAUGGCUGGUGCUCUAAAAGAUAGGACUGGAUAUUGGGAUGCUGCAUUCUAUGUGGCCGGUAUAUGGGUUGUUGUCUCUGGUCUACUCGUCGGAGUGAUACCAUAUACAAGAAACUUCCGUAUGUGUGGCAAUGCGCCGCUCGCGAAGGACGCCGCCGGAGAACCAGAUCCCGGAAUCAAAAUUAUUAUAGCCCAUUAGUAUUAUAAGAUAGAAUUAAAAACUCUUUGCUAUGUGCUUUUUGACACU